AUGGCGGGUGAUGGUGCGGCUGAGAUAGAUCUUUAUGACAACAUAGAUGAAGAUUUUGUACAGGAGUGUGCAGAUUUGAACGAACUUUAUGAUGACGUUAUGGCCCCAGGGGCUCAGAACAACAUGGCCUCGAAACCUGAGUUACCGGUGGCCGUAACUAGUGAAUUGUGUAGCUUCUGCGUGAUGGUGUUCGGCUCUGACCAAUCUGCAAGAACUGCGAUGGAAAAGCUCCCGAAGACAGAGAUUCAUGGACAAAAUCCUGUAGUUACUCACUGCACGAAGCAUAACCUCAGCAUAUUUGAAAAAGCGGCUGGUGGUGAUGGUCAGCCGACGACUCGCCCUCGCUCCGAUGAGUCAUACAGUGGAAAGCUGACCGGACUUUCAAGUAGUUCAAGUGGGACAACCUCCACGAAGUUACCUCCUCCCCUCAUGUCCACCCCAACAAUGCCGGCCUCACUUGGCUUUAGUCUUCGGAGCAACACAUCUCUAAUGGGCCAAGCUGCUCCCAGCCUUCGCCAGGUGGCCAAUGCACUGCCGAAUGCAUUUCAAGCUUUAGCACAAACUGUACAAUCAGGGUUGCCUGGAGGUGGUCACUUGGGGCAGCUGACAUUGAAUCUUCCGACAGCAACAAGUGUUCUAAUGACACCAUCUGUACCACCGCCUCCUCUUCCUGGGAAUGCAUCCAGUCUUUUCCCUGCGGCAUUCAGCCUUGCUAGUGCGAUUCCAAACAACCUUACGAGCGGAGCUGCGCAUAUCAACCCUAAUUUUCUUCACCAGCCCGCUUCGUUGCCAAGCGGUACACUCCCGUCCCCGGUCCCUGCCCCGGCAGCUCUGAUGCAACUGGGGAACGCAAGUGCGCAACAGUCCGUUAGGCCACAGUUUGACAACUAUGGCAGACCCGUUAUACACACAUAUACCCCUUACCGAACGGUGACACUACUUAAAUCCCGGAGAAAUAUCCCAACCGGUCCCGAACAUAACCCGAUGCGAAGAGCUAGCAGACGCCAAGUGAAAGUGAGCUUGCGAUCCGACCGUGAAGUAUGGUGGACACAGAAAGCCAAAGAAAUGGAAGAGGCCCAGAAAGCCGCCAGUGCCCAGUUGAUCUGUUCGACGGGUCCCCGGAAACCACCUGUGAGUGAAAGCAUCAAGCAUCAGAUUGGAACGACCAUCUCGAACAAAGAAGAACGCCUCUACCGGUGGGCCGAAUACUUCGAACAACAACUGUCGUGGCCACCAACCGACACUCAUCUAGAGCCCACAGGUGAAGUAGAACCCUGGACAGUGAACGUGGAACCACCUACGGCCUCGGAAGUUUACGACUGCAUAUGUUCUCUCAAGCGCCACCGAGCUCCCGGUCCGGAUGACCUUCCACCCACACUGUUCGAAGUCGGGGGUGAAGUCUUCAGUCAGCGCCUGUCCGAUCUGUUUGCUUGCAUUCGGGAAAAGGAGUCUGUCCCAGACAACUGGGGAGAAUCGGUGAUAGUGCCCGUUUUCAAAAAAAGGGGCGCGUACGGGAAGCUUUCAGAAUCCGAAUUCGAAGAUAUACUGCAGAGAAAUAAAACGGUUUCUUCCAGCGCCAUCAAUAGAGCGGUACAGGACGCAGCAAGUGGAGAUUACGCUAGCGCCAUAGAGACCCUUGUGACAGCCAUAUCUUUGAUCAAACAGUCCAAAAUUGCCAAUGAUGACAGAUGUCGUAUUCUCAUAAAUUCAUUACAGGACACGCUUCAUGGCAUUGAAUCUAAAUCCUACGGCACCAAGAGCAGUAGUCGGCGACGUCGUCGAUCUUACAGUGAUAGUGGAAGCGAAGGUGGAGUGGAUGAUUAUGGUGGAUCCAGUCGAAGACAUCGGGAAAGAGGAAAUAGAUCUCGCUCACGUGAUCGCUCCGACCGGCAUGAUCGUCACAGGCGCUCGCGAGACCGGACUUCAGGAACUGGCAACAGCUACUACGGUGCACAGUCGGGGGCAUCACAUGCAGGUGGAAGUGGGCUAUCCUCUGGCGUUUCAAUUUCCAGUCUGGGAUCUGGACAAGGGAACCUCGGCAGCGCGUCCUCUGGAGGCUCCGACCGUUACAGGGAUUCACGUUACCGUCACUGAUCACCCUUUCCAUCUUCCACCUUUUCGUUUAUCCUUUUUAUUGAUGCUACGUUUUCAGGCAAUCUACGUUCACUUUUCUCUGUCUCUGCCUAUUUCAUUCUGUACCACAAUCCACAUGGCAUCCACCGUUCAAAGCUCCAUCUUAUACAGCCACAAUAUCGUAAGACGGGGAGCACCAGUUGAUCAGGCAAGUUUUGUUAAUUUACUUUGUUGCCGAUGUUUACUUGUCCUUGUUCUUGCUAAUUGUACAGAGUUAGCCAUUAGCUUGUACCGAUAUCUUUGCUACCACCUCUUAUCUUCUGUAUUAUUAUGCCACUCUUUCAUGUAUACUAACGUGUCACAGACCCACAUUUGUACACUACCCAUUCUAACGGUGUGCUUCCUAGCGACCCUCGUAUUUUAGUGCAUAAUAAAGCAAUAGUUGAUUUCAGAACUUUGGGCCACUAAACUGGCAUUGAUUCGGAUUUCUCUAGCGGACCGGAGUAUCAGUCUUCGUGUUUCUGCUAAAACAUGUUUGCCGAGCUCUCUAUGUACUACUUAACCAUUGUUGUAUAGAUGUAGCUAAAGACUGCAUCAACGUCGUCAUCGCCUACACGUCUGUGCAUUUCUGCUGCAUCCCUGUUUCCAAUUGUCUACACAGGGUGCUUAUGCGACCCCAUCGACUUUAAAGUUGUACGGACACAGCCACUGCCAUGUACCGUCUUUCUCGUAACCAGUCUUUCCUUCAUAUGUACUCUUUACUAUUUUUUAGCCUGCCUACACUUGUACCCGUUCCGAAAUAUAUAUGUACCACGAGUCUUUCAGCAGCCG